AUUACAAAUCAAGAAAAGUGGUUACGCUAUUGUUUCUCUUUCUCCUUCUCCUUCUCCUUCUUCUUCUCCUCCUUCUUCCUUCCAAAGUCAACUCAAACUCACUUCAACUUUCCUCUUCUUACCACUUCCCUCUCAGCAUUCGCUUCAAUCUCCACUCCCUCUGGGAAACAACGCUGUCUUCUUUUUCUUGCUCCUGCCAUUAACAACAACCCCACGAUUCCGCAAUCUCCACCCAAAAUUCACAACAAACAAACACAAAUUCACUCUUUUCUUCCUCAUCGUGCCCACCAAUUUUUUCCUUCAAAGUUACAAUCUUUUCACUAGAAAUCGAGUCUUUCCUCAACCAAUUUCAGUUUUCCCCAUCUGGGUAUCCUUGUUUCGUUCUCAUCAAUUCAGAAAACCGCAGAUUUCAUCGCUUUGAGGCACCGGAGUUUGCGUGUUUUCUCUCUUGCCUCUGUGAGAGAGGGAAAUGUGGGAUGUUUUCGUGGUUGGCAAGGGCAUUUUCUGCGUGCUUGAGACCUGUAAGGCAAUAUGCACGCAUGAGCAAGGAUGAUAAUGAUGAUGGUUCCGAUAGUCCAUCAACGGUGGAUGACGCGCUUGUUUGGUUCAGGGACCUUGAGAAGCACUCGGGUGGUGAAUUCUCCUUCGCGGUGGUUCAGGCUAACGAAGUUCUUGAAGAUCAUAGCCAGGUUGAGACUGGUUCUGAUGGUGUCUUUGUCGGUGUCUACGAUGGCCAUGGCGGUCCUGAAGCUUCUCGGUUCAUAAAUGAUCACCUUUUUCGUCAUCUCAUGAGGAUUGCUCAAGAAAAAGGUUCUAUGUCUGAGGAUAUUAUAAAGAAUGCUGUUUCUGCUACUGAGGAUGGGUUUCUUACUCUUGUCCGGAGGAGUUAUGGAAUAAAGCCAUUGAUAGCAGCAAUGGGUUCUUGUUGUCUGUUUGGUGUUAUCUGGAAAGGGACACUGUAUGUUGCCAAUCUCGGCGACUCUCGUGCUGUGAUCGGUUCCGUCCGUCGAUCUAACAAGAUUAUUGCUGAACAGUUGAACAGAGAGCACAAUGCUAGCAAAGAGGAGGUUAGACGAGAACUCAGGGCCCUGCAUCCAGAAGAUUCAGAAAUAGUGGUUAUGAAGCAGGGAACAUGGCGCAUUAAAGGCAUCAUCCAGGUAUCCAGAUCUAUAGGGGAUGCAUAUUUGAAGCGGCCUGAGUUCUCUUUCGAUCCUUCUUUCCCACGGUUUCACCUUCCCGAUCCUAUCCGCCGACCAGUGCUAACUGCAGAACCAUCUAUAUGUUCAAGAGUUUUACAACCUAAUGAUAAAUUCAUUAUAUUUGCAUCUGACGGGCUUUGGGAUCACUUGACGAAUCAAGAAGCCGCCGAAAUUGUUCAUAACAACCCGCGAACUGGAAUUGCAAGAAGACUUCUUAAGGCGGCUUUGAAUGAAGCAGCUAGGAAAGGGAAGAGGACAUAUAAAGAGCUUCAGAAGGUUAAAAAGGGGAUGAGGCGUUGUUUCCAUGAUGAUAUCACAGUAAUUGUUGUCUUCAUUGACCAUGAGUUACUUGGGAAGAGGAAUGUUCCAGUUCCUCAGGUUUCCAUCAAAGGUUUUAUUGACACGGUUGGACCAUCACAGUUUAGAAGUUUCCAGGAAAUGGAAUGAGUACAAGGUUCAUUUCUAGAACUAUUUUUAGCCACCAAAGUUGAUUGCUGCUGCUUUUGAUUAUCCAAAAGCUAUGAAAUUUCAAUACUUCAUUAGACAUUUUUGAGACAUCUAAUUGUUGUUCACUUUGAACAUUUCUUAUCACCUUUGUCAGUGAUAAUUGAGGGAAGCCAUGUUUUUCACUUUACCUGGGGGUUGGGUUCUUCAUGGUGUUAGAAUUUGUAGUUGGAUAAUAUACAAAUACCUUGUUUCUUUGAAUAAUGUUGAUAAUCUGAAGCAUGAUUUUAACUCUUA